UCUGAUGUUUCCUUAUAACAUAGAUGGUUAUUUUUCACUUGAAUUCUAUGUGUUGUUUCUGUUUCAUCUUUUUUUUAGCAAGUUGCUAUAUCGAAACAAUCAACACCGAUCCCGCUCGAGAAUCUACAAGAAUUGCAGCUUCUAAUGGGCAUAAUGACAGAAACCAGUCUUUCAGACAUCAUUAGCUUCUUUAAGAAAUGUCAUUGUCCUAAAUUGGAGAAGGUCUUCAUAGAACUUUCAGCUGGUACGAAAGACCCUGCGCUGAAAAUUUUCUUGAAAGCCCCUUCAGAUGAGGCUCCUAUCAUCUGUGAUUUUAGGAGCCUCAAGAUUGUGAAGAUGAAUAACUUCAAUAGUUACAAGAAUGAGAUGGAGCUAGUGAGAUUCUUCUUAGAGAAGGCCUCAGCGCUUGAGUCCUUAAUUUUGGUUGCUCCACAAGAAAUACGUACUUCAGUCCUGUGGUCGGAUUACAGGACUACCAUGCAAAUGAAUUUUAUGAAAGAAAUCUUAGCCAAUGCAAAGGUAUCAAUAUAUUCUACAUCACAAGAUUUGAAUGGUCCGCUUCCAACACAUUAUGAUGCUUACUGUAAGUUCUGAACGCUGCACGGCGCCUUACCUGUCUUCUUUUCUCCUUGAGGGGAGUAUAUACCUUCUUCUUUUUUCUUUUCUUUUUUUUUUGUUUUUUUGUGGGG